AUGUCCAGCCCAGAAAAGGAACAAUCACGAAAGCUACGGUCAGAUGAUUCAAAUAAGGUUAUACAGAACAAAAAUUUGUUCAACUUUGAUGACAUAAAUGUCUACUUGUAUCAGAAUAAACCCAUACAAAUGGGCAAAUUAGAGUUUGACUCUCAAUUGUACAGUUACUUCAAAGGGGAUGAAGAGACUCCAACAUUGAAAGUCAUUCGUGUCAAGAAAGUUCCAAGGAAACUACCGAAAAGAAGAACGAAAGUGGAUCCGUUGCCCGACUCAAAGUAUACCAUUUUUCAUCGUAAAAUGAAAAAGGAAGAAACUCAGAUGUUGAAUGAGGAAAAGAUCAAGAAUUUAGUUGAGGUUGACAACUUGAAUACCAACCUACAACUCCUCAGACAAUAUGAUUGGAUUAGACAUCUUCCUUCAAUCACCAAAGUUAAUAAUAUAAUGGAUUAUGAAGAAAUGGAAAGGAAGAGAGACCUAACCAUAAAUGAGAUUGAAAAGUUGUUAGAAAAACAAGCCUUAUGGAAGAGGAAAAGAGACAAGUUCAACAUUGAUAUCAAACUGUUUCAUAAUGGAGAGCGUGUGGCUGCUGUUGAUGAAUACGCUCUCAGUAACUGUGAACGCAACUCCUCGAAACUGAAAAUUGGUAAAAAAAGUCUACACGAAGAAGCACAAUUACAACCUACAUCAUCUCCAUUCGUCAUUGAUGCCAACGUCAAGCUCGAUUCUGUUGACUCCACAACGGAUGUCAAUUUUGCCGGAUCAUCGAAUGAGUUAUUUGGAGUGGAUCUACAUGACAUUGAACCACCCAAGAAUGGAUUUCAAUUACCCUUGGGAUGGAGACGCCUUACAGGAAACAAGAAGUAA